AUGUCGAACCGAUCAGGUCGAUCAGGUCGUUCUUGGUACCGUCUCUCUAGCAUCGUCCGACCCACGGCAUAUUCAUCUCGCGACCCAUCCUCUCCCCACUACGUCAUCGAACCACCACUGUCUCCGGCUGUCUCACCAUCACCUCCUCCCCCACCAAGAUCUGCACCAAAGGAAGUCCGAGAGACUAAACCGAAUCCAGUUGUAUCGCCAAGGCCGUCUGUAAAAUAUGAAACACCUAAGUGGAGGCACGAACGGGAGACCACUAGUCAGAAAAUACUUACAUUUUCGGAUAAUACAAAGAAGGAACAACAACACGAUGAUGAACCGUCUCCGGCUGCUCCACCUCCACCUCCUAGAUCUCCACCAAAUGUUGUCAAAGAGACUAAACCGAGUCCGGUUUUAUUGUCACAGACUACAAAGUAUGAACCACCUAAGCAACAAGAACAACAAACCUCGUACAUAGACCAAACAAGGAGCAGCCACAACAACAACACGAUGAUGUCCCCGGCUGCUCAACCUUCACAUCCGCCGCCUCAACUGAUGUGCCCACCACUACGUCCUCCGUCCCCAGAGGAAGUCCAAGAGGCUAAACAGACUCUGGUUAGUUCUUCGCCGUCCAUUAGCCAAGAACCACAUAAGCCUAUGCAGGAACACGAGACCACUCAACAGAAAAACAUAGUUACAUUAUCGGAGAAAACAAACAUCGUACACGGACCAAACGAAACGUUAUAUCCCGAGUUGGAUGAUGAUGCCAUAAUAGGCACACAAAGCGUCAUAACCAUUUCAGGUGAAAACAAAGGAGCUGUAAUGGAGAUCCUACAGUCACCGAGCAAGACACGUGGACCAUAUUUAAUUAGUAACGGCCCUGAGAAAAGUGCAGAGGAAAAGUCAAAACCAAAGCGUAAGUCAAAUAACCAUAACAGUAAAGGUGAAAAUCGUUUUGUGAACAGUAAUGUUCAGAUCAUAAACGGCUCCGUCGUUUGCAACUCGUCGGAGACUCAUCAUGAUCCCGGCGUUCAUCUUAGCCUUUACCGGAACUCUAGCACCGGCAAUGAUUUUAUUAUCAAGGACCAUGGAAAUGGAUACACCAGCUCAUUCAACUAA